AGAAACAGCGCCAUCUUGAAGCGAGACAGACGCGUUUGCCUUCGCUCUCUGGAAUAUCCUUUUUUUUUUUACACUUUCUAUAGGUUAAGAUAGGAUGGCACAGUUUGGCGGUGGGAAGGCGCCUCCACCUUGGCAACAGAGGUCCCAGACGACACCUCAGUUGCAGCCCUCUCUCUUGGGCCAGCACCCAUCGGCCCCAAGUCAGCAGCUGGUCCUCGGAGCAGCACCUCAGCAGCCACAGUAUGCCCCUGUUCAACAGAGCAUGAUCCAGCCCCCAGGGUUGGGAGGUCUCCAGACCCUGGGGCAACCCACCAUCACCCAGCAGACCAUCGGCCAGCCUACUACUGGGGGCAGCCUCAUGGGGCAGCCCCCUAUGACCAGCCAAGCCCUGCAGCCCCCCAGCCUGGUCAACCCCACACAGAUCACCAAUUCACAAAUGCAACCGCAGAUACAGCCUCAGAUACAGCCACAGGUGACAGCUGUGACGUACCCAGCUCCAAGAGCGUUGGCUCCUCCUGGUGCUUUCAACCCAGCAGCCACCCCAAGCAACAUGGGUAACAACAUUGCCACCAAUAUACAAACCAAUAUACAAAAUAGUAUAGCCAGCACUAACGCAGCGCAGCAACCACAGAAACAGAGAGUGUUCACGGGAACAAUAACAAAGCUAUGUGCUGAUUUUGGCUUUGUAGAUGAGGACGUCUUCUUUCAGACCAGUUGUGUAAAAGGCCAAGCUCCCAAAGUAGGAGACCGUGUGCUCGUAGAAGCUACCUAUAACCCCAACAUGCCUUUCAAGUGGAACGCCAAUCGUGUCCAAGUCAUUCCCGGACCAACAGGAACCCCUUCGCAGAACCAAAGCCGUACUGGCCCCCCAGCAAGAGAGAUAAACAGUAGAGGGGGCUCAUAUAAUGCUGUACCUCCCCCCAAUUUUAGUAGUGUCAGGCUGAUGAAGCAAACCGCGAUUCCCGCAGAGAGCCAGGGAGCAAACUUUGGGCCUCGGGGAACAAUCGGGCCACGGCCGAGAUCUCCCAGGAGAGACAGAAGAGAAGAGCGCAGCAGAGCGUCAAGAGAUGGAGAGCGUGAUCGUAGCGAGAAAGACAAAGAGGAGAAGAGAGAAAACCGUAAACGCAGUAGGAGUAGAGGAAGAUCUCGGUCGCCCCCCAGACGGAGGCUCAGGGUGGUUCCACGUUAUAAUGUACAAGUCCCCAAGAUUCUAUUACACAUGAAAGAAGCCAAUGUUUUGGAGCUUAAGAAACGGUAUAGCAACUUGUACAUCCCAUCUGAUGUGUUCCUGGCUCGUCCUCUCUGGUCGGACACAUUCCCGGCUUACAGGUCCUUCCAGUUCCCUCGGCCGGUAUCCUUUCACAUCAUGAAUAAGGAGGUAGAGCCCGUGCUGGAGAAUGACGCUAUCUAUGAUGCCCCAGAUGCCAACCACAGUUUUGCAGCCAAGGUUAUGCUGAUGGCAGUACCGGCAAUUGAGGAUAUCUUCCGGAGAUCUUGUGCCCUUAGCGAGGACCCAAGUGACAUCCGAGAGUGCUUUGUCCACCCGACGCGUCUCAUCAACUUCCUGGUGGGGCUGAAGGGCAAGAAUGAGACGAUGGCUAUAGGGGGAUACUGGAGCCCCUCCCUGGAUGGAGCCAAUCCAGACAGAGACCCAAACGUACUCAUUCGCACUGCCAUCCGCACCUGCAAGGCACUGACAGGCAUUGACCUGGCAGGGUGCACGACCUGGUACCGGUUUGCGGAGAUUUACUAUCGCCGAGGAGAGUCUACACACAAGGGCCGGAGCACGCCUGCCCGGGUUGAAACCACUGUACUAUUUCUCCCAGAUGUUUGGAACGUUUGCCCCACCAAACUGGAGUGGGACGGCCUCCACCUCAACUAUAAACGGCAGCUGGACAAGAAGCUCUCCUCCUCGGCGGGAUGCCAGCAGCAGCCAGAGGACCAGGAGGAGGAGGAGGAAGACAAGGAGGAUCAGCCCAAGAAGAAGGACCCAAGCCAUUAUACUACGCUAGACCCAAAGAGUAUGAAGGUUGUUGAACUUCGCUCAGAAUUGGAUGCCAGGAUGUUGAACAGUAAGGGUCUCAAAUCACAGCUUAUUGCCCGGCUAACAAAAAUACUGAAAAACGAACAAGAAAAAGAAGAGUCGGAGAAAGCAGCAAAUGCAGAAAAUGCUGAAGUGGAUGAGGCAAGAAAGAAGGAAGAGGAGGAGAAGAGGAAAGAAGAAGAACGAAAAAGAAAAGAGGAGGAGGAGAGAAAAAAGGAGGAAGAGGAGAAGAAAAAGGCAGAGGAAAGAGAGAGAAAUUUGUUAGAGAAGCGAUACACUCUUCCUGAUCAGCCGAUGAUUGUUGUUCACCCAUCAAGAACAGCAAAGUCUGGAAAGUUUGACUGCACAACAAUGUCCCUUUCUGUGCUGUUGGAUUAUAGACAG